UCCGGGCGCAGUGUAUGCUGGGCGAGGUGCGGCGGCCACUGGCCCGGCUCCGCGCGUCUUUCGCGCUCCCCGCCGGCUCGCAGGAUGGCUGAACGGCCGGAGGACCUGAACCUGCCCAACGCGGUCAUCACCCGCAUCAUCAAGGAUGCCCUUCCCGAUGGAGUGAACGUUUCCAAAGAAGCCCGGAGCGCGAUCUCCCGAGCUGCCAGCGUGUUUGUGCUGUACGCCACGUCGUGUGCCAAUAAUUUUGCAAGGAAAGGGAAGAGGAAAACACUGAAUGCUGGAGAUGUUAUUUCUGCUAUGGAAGAGAUGGAAUUCCAGCGAUUUGUAGGACCUCUAAAGGAAUCCUUAGAAGCUUACAGGAAUGAGCAGAAGGGCAAAAGGGGAGCAUCAGAGCUCAAGAAAAAAGACAAAGAGAAGAAGGAAGAUUCCGAAGACCCCGAUAAGAGUCGGGAAGAAGAAAAUGAGGAGGGAGACAGAAUAGAGGAAGAGGAGGAGGAGGAGGAGGAGGAAGAGCAGCAGCAAAACGAAGAGGAGGAGGAGGAGGAGGAAGAGCAGCAGCAAAACGAGGAGGAAGAAGUGGUGAGCUGAGUUGCCGGGGGGGGGGGUGUUGAGGGGAGAAGCAAACGGCUGUGUCUAGAUGGACUUUGCAAACAGAAGGAAACCCAGCGGUCUCCUUUUCUGCGAAAACUGCUCAGCUGGUUCCAGGGGCACCUCAGUGAAACCGUCAGGCUGCCGUUCCCGACUCCUCCUCUCCUCAGUUGGGGGGAAAGGCUUACAGUGCGGCAAUGUCUCCACCACCCCUUGCGGCCCCUUUUGGAGAGUGCAAACGCUGCUUGGAAAGGGCGCUGCUCAUCUUUUGUUGUGGUGCUGGGGAUUCUGUGAGUUAGGCUUAAAAGAGGCAGGCUUCCUUCACACUCCGGGUGUGUUUUUCUUCAGCGCUUAGUUGGACAGGGUUAAAUAAAAGUCGUACCUACAGAA